AUGUAUCCAGAAGCCGAAACCGAGGCAUCGUUUAGCUUUCCCCAGGAAGGGCCGCGAGAGUACCGCGCCGAGGGGGAGUGUACCGUUGGAGGAGCGCAUGCCUUUAUUUUACGGAUAUCGCGCGUGUUCGGUUUGGCCCCGCUACGAUUCGAGGCGCGCGGCGAGAGUUGGGCUGUGCGGGUUUCUCCCGCCGCCUCACUCUACAGCUAUAUACUCGUCACCGUACUUGUGGCUGGCACGGUGUGUGGGCUGUGCGCGGAGGUGCGUGCGGGGACGGCGGCGUCACCGCGCAUGGCAUCGCAAACGGCACAGCUGGUUUCUGCAUGCGACGUGUUGGUGGUGACGCUAACAGCGGCCGCUGCCGUGUACCAUGCGCCCGAGCGGAUGCGUAUCAUAAUCGCUUUUAUGGACACCGUCGCCGAUGUGGAUGAAAGCAUUGGGGCGCAUUUCUCGCGAUCGCGAGAGCGGCGUGUGAGCGGCGUUAUGCUCGCCAUCCUCGUUUUUUUUACGCUGCUUGUUGCCGACGAUUUCUGCUUUUACGCACUCCAAGCCAAGAAAAUCGACAGGCACUGGGAGGUAGUCCGCAACUACUGUGGGUUCUACCUAUUGUGGUUCGUCGUUAUCGUUCUGGAGUUGCAAUUUGCCUUCACGGCACUGUCGGUGCGUGCUCGUUUUCGAGCCCUUAAUGAUGCGCUGGCGCUCACGGCCGACCAUCUCUGCCGACCCGUGGAAAAGACAAACGAUCAGGGGGCGCUGAACGUGUUUGCGUUCCAUGUGUGUGCGCGAAGCCGGCGCAAUACCGCGCCACCCUCCAGGCGAAACCACCUCAUCGUCCGAAGAGAGCGCGGUGGAGGCUGCGGACAACUGGCGGUGCCGGCGGGUGAAGCUUUGGAACGACUUGCAGUAUUGCAAGGCGCACUAUGCGAAGCUUUGCACCGACUGGAUGCCGCCUACGGACUGCCGUUAGCGCUGCUGCUGAUAUCGACACUGAUGCACCUGAUCGUUACGCCCUAUUUCUUCAUAAUGGAGAUCAUCGUAUCGGUGCACCGCAUCCACUUUCUGGUGCUGCAGUUCCUCUGGUGUGCGACGCACGUUUUGCGUAUCCUGGUCGUCGUGGAGCCCUGCCACUACACCAUAACGGAGGGUCGUCGCACGGCGGAGCUGGUCUGUCGGCUGCUUCGGGCGGCGAGCAGCGGCCGCGGUUCGAUGCUGGGCGGACGGCUUGACCUUUUCUCGCGACAACUGUCCUUGCAAUCAGUUUGCUACUCACCAAUGGGGUUUUGCACGCUAGGACGCCCGCUCGUCGCCUCUAUUUUUGGCGCAGUAACAACUUACCUCGUGAUUCUGAUACAAUUCCAGAGAUAUGACGCGUAA